GCACGAGCAUUGGCUCUCAACUCAUCCUCCUCAUCCUCCCCGCGCUUCCCCACGUCCCCCCAGCGGGCCCGGCGGUGCUCCAGGGAGGAGUGCCUAGAGCACAAGCCUGACGCCACUGGUGGCUGGUGGCCCCGUAUCGCAUUUAGAGUGCAGCUCGAUGGCAUCAGGCGUGGUCACAUGCCCAUGCCCCCACAUUCCACCGCCGUCAUCAACGCUCACCAUACACCCAAAGUCGCCAAUAUGCAGCAAGUCGCAAUGCUAUCAACUGCCCAUUCACUCCGUAACUACCCACACUCGCUCCCUCCCCACCACCUCCGCUCCGCGCCCAUCGUCCCCCGCCACGCCCGCUCAUCGUCGCUCACACCCUCGAGGGCGCCCACGCCCACUUCGUCCAUCUCCCGACCACACAUGACGUCGGACGAUCUUGCCUACUGCCGAGACUUUUCUACACCGCAGGACGUACUCCUGGUCUGCAAUGCCGUCGACAGCGAGACGCAGCGCGAUGUCGGAUUCUACGUCAACUCGGCCGUCCUCCGUGCCUCCUGCGCAUGGUUCGCACAGUGUAUCGACGACCGGCCACCUGACUACGAGCCGGGUGCGGUCAUCCGCAUCGCCAUCGAUGUACCGGUCAUUGACAUGGAGGUGCUCGUCCGCAUGAUGCACGCCGGCUCCCCAGCCUCCAGGAGCAUACGCGUGACCCUCGGCCAGGUGCUGCACACAAUACCGGCGCUCAUGACGCGCUUCGGCGCCGACCGCUCCCUCUGGUCCCUCCUCACCUCCUACCUACCGCCGCUCAAGCUAUAUGGCCUGGAACGGGUGGGCAACGGGUACGUGUUGCGAGAAAACAUCUGGGGCCUGCUUGUGCUUGCGCACGCGGCACGCGACGCAAAAGUGCUCGCCAACACGGUCGGCAUCGUGCUCGGCAACCGCCCGUCCGAGCCCGAGUGGGCGAUGCUGUACGACCCGUACACCGUCCCACGAGCCGAGAUCACGCCCGAGCGCGAAGUAAUCUACCGCAUCCUUCUGGCCGUGGCGCGCAUGCGAGCGCGCGUCGGCAUGCACGUCGACUUUGAGUACACGGACCGACACUUGGUCGUGAUCAGCCGCAAGUCUCCAGAGUUCAAGCUGUACUUUGAGCUCGAGAACCACGACGAUGUACUCCUAUUGUAGUAUGACUAAUGUUCUUGUAUACGUUUGCCGAGGGCGGGACCCACGGGCCGGAGUGGGGUGUGUCAGCAGGACGUGGGGACAGCCAAGUAAGGUGGAUCACCCAACUCUAGGUCCACCGACCGGCGCACACUCGAGGGUCUUAACGCUGUCGUGGGACGCGGCGGAGGUGCAAGAGAGGAUAACCGAGUCGUUGGGAGAACUCAGA